UUCGAGGAAGUGGAUAGCCAGAAGGGAACAAAGAUAAAGCAGAAUUCAUUCACUUCAGCGGAUGACAUGCUUCCUCUUUGAAAUGCCCAUAACAUCUUUUACCAUUGUCAACAUGGCUGUUCACGCUUGUCACACAAGAAGGGACGUUUUACAUCACAUUGCCACUGCUUUACUCUUGGCACAUGGAACUCUUUGCUUAUCUGAAUCAGAGAUAUUGUCGUCAGAUCAUGAACAAGUUGAAGCAGCAUGGAUUUUCGUCAAUCCGUUUGGUCUAAUCCACGAUGAAGUAAACGUGUGUGCUAAAAUAAGCUUAGAUUUGGCAACCAGUUACAAGACAGAAGGUGAACUGAUGGACGAGUGUGACUCGUUUUACCCUUCUGCGACGUGCCAUGCUCUCAGGUCAGGCGUUAUCUCUGCUCCUGAUUUGUACCUGAGGGUGAAGAGUUACGGAUGUUGUGAUGGGUUCUUGCAGGAGGGUGAAUCCUGUCCAAAAGUUUGUCCAGCCUUAACUUACGGCCGUAAUUGUACCUUGACGUGUUACUGUCUGAACGACGGUGAGUGUAACCACACCAACGGUUCCUGUGAUUGUAAGCCAGGUUGGACUGGUCAGCACUGUGAGCGGACAUGUCCAGAUGGCUGGUAUGGAGAUGAUUGUGGAAAUUCUUGUCCUUGCCAAAAUGGCGGUUCGUGUCACCCAGUCACUGGUAGCUGCCUGUGUCCGAUCGACUUUGCUGGUGAUCUUUGUCAAACAAACUGCCAGGCUUCCUCUACCAAUUCAAGUUGCCAGAGCGGGAGCGUUGCUUUCUGUAGUUUGUGCAGCCCGGAGAUGUUGUUCUGUGACAAUAUCCUGGGCAGGUGUGUAUGUCAAGACGGAUGGCGAGGGAGGUACUGCACACAUAGUUGUGAUAAUGCCACACAAGGAUAUCUCUGUCGGGAGAAUUGUCAGUGUGUCAACGGAGCAUCUUGUCAACCAACGGACGGGCGAUGCACCUGUCUGCCUGGGUGGGUUGGGGACUACUGUGAUAAACGGUGUCCAUCGGGAUAUUUUGGUGAUGAUUGUCAACAGCAGUGUAACUGCCCAGAAGAUGAUGGUUGUGAUCACGUGGGUGGCACCUGCUUCAGCUGUCCCAAGGGAUGGAAGGGAAAAUUAUGUACAUUACCAUGUGAAGACAACCAUUGGGGUGAAAGUUGUUCCCAAACGUGCAUCUGUACAGAAUCCGAGCAAUGUGAGCCUAUCAGUGGAACUUGUUUAGAAAGUGGCAUGGAUUUGAGUCCUGGGGUAAUCGCAGCGAUUGCCGCGUCGGUCGCCUUCCUGUUGUUCGCCAUUAUUAUCACGGCCGUGUGCAUCUUGUGUAAAUACAAUCGUCCUAAACCAAAUACACCAAGUGUGGCACUUGUAUCACAAGCCAACGGAACUUCGAACCCCAUGUCACGGAUGUCCCUUCAGAGCAGUGUACCUCAUACUAACGGUACAAUAAGAUACCAGGCUGGGAAUGUGGAUUUAGCACCAACCCCUUUGCCCCGAAAUCCAGCCACUUUCACAAGAGAUGUGACAGAUCCUAACAACAGCUUAGGAGGGUAUGAGACUAUACGCAGUGAUGUCGACCAUGAUCCCCGAUUUCAACCCUCUCCCAACUCAUACAUCGACAUCUACGAUGAAGUCCAGACAGGUACGGUUGAAAACCCCACGUACUCCGGAAUAGAUGCUGAUGGAUAUGAGAUACCAUCAGUGACGUUGGAGAGAGAUGUGGAGCGACCAAGUGCCGGUGGAAACGCUAGGAUGACCAACUCUAAUGUGGCAAAAAGGGAUGGUUUCUGAUAAAUGAAGCGGUGAAAUCGACGCAGAUAAUAUGGCUUGGAUAGGGUAAAGCGAAUGUUUACCGAAGAUUAUUUUUAUAGUAAGUACAGCGCCCUCUUGCGUCCACAGUACUCAAAUAUUUCUGUGACAAUCAUUGCGUUGGAGAGAGAAAUGCGCAUGGAAAGAAAGUGUUGCUGAGCUAAGGCAGUGUGAACAAAGACCAGAAAAUAACUGUGUGUGUCACUUUCAGACCGAAUCCUGUUUAAACACUCCGUAUUUUUGCAGCGCAAGAGUUUAGGACUUCUCUUGUUUGGUUCCACUCUUGAUGCCCAUCUCAAGACACAGUUCGUGUCAUUUCCCAUAGUUUGGUUCUAGUUUGGGCAUAGCUAUGGGCAGUUAGGGGGCUACUUAGGCCCGAAAAAAUUAACCAAUACGUGACUUCAUUUAUAUAAAUAACCUUUUAAGGUCAAACUAGCUUCAAUGCAACUCAUAGUCAUCAUACAGUUAUAAAGAGCAUUUUUACCUAUAUAUUGAAAGAUUCAGAAAACUUAAAUCUAAAGAGCAAGAUCUGCUUGUGAAUAAUUUCAAUCCAUAGUUGUCCGACACUACCAAUUUUGGCUUCAUUCCCUUUGUACAUACAUGUAUAUAUGCUUGUUUACAAAGUCUCCCCUUCAGUAUCAACACCUAUCCGUCACCAUCUCACCAGAUUCUUGAUGGUGUAUCACUCACUUUUCAAAUAUUUACUACUCUGAAUGCAUGCAGAUUUUACCACUUGGACGUUUUCAAAACUGUGACACCAUAACAGAAAGUUAAGAUCUUACAGUUGUAUUGUGGAGAAAAUGCGGAAUGAUAUUGAAGGUAGUUGAUAUUGUAAAUAACUUAAUUCAAAGUACAUGGGCUUGUUUUUAUCUAUCACGAUAUUAAAAUAUGUGUCUAAAGAGAUGGUAUUUACCCAGAUUUUAAACAUCUAUGUUUUAAUAUUAAUCUAUUAGUUACUUUCAAUCGUUUCAAGAAUUUAUUCGCCAAACGAUAACGUUUGCUAUACAUUUAUUACAUACAUUGUACAAUGAAUAUCCCAUUUACAUAUACCGGUACUUAAUUUGACGCUGCUGGAAUUUGAAAAGUGAAAUAAUAUGUCAUUUCAUCUAUUA